GCGCUUCGGGGGCGGAAGCAACGACCAAUCCGCAGUGGCCGAAGUGGAAGUCGGCGUAACGGCACUAAGGGGCGGGGCCGAAGCGGCCCAGGGGGCGGGCGUUUGAAAUCAGUGCCUUAGAGUAGACCCUAAACCUCAUUUUAUACCUUAAAGAACCAAUUACUUAAUGUCUCUUCCGUCUUUUCCGUCCCCGACCCCCUCCCAGCCUCCUUCAUUCCGGUACUGCGUGGACGGAAAGCCCCGGGUAGCCGACACCACGUCCCCGGCUAGCGGGAGAGAGCGUGGAAAAGGAUUACACCAAACUGUUUAAAUCCAACGACUCCUGCUUCCAUCCUUUCUCCUGAGCUAGAACCAACAAACCUAGAGAGUUGGGCUUCGGAAAAACUAGUGUUUUCAUUUAAUUGGAUAUGAAGAAAGAACAAAUAUGUACGGGGCAACCACGAUCUUUACAAAGAACAUAAGUUCCAGGAAAGCAGGAACCUUGUCUCUCUUGUUCACUGGGUGUAUCCUCUGCAUAUAGAACAGUGCCUGGCACAUAAUAGGUGCUGAAUUUUGUUCUAAACACUGAGGACAUUCUCUGCUACAUUUGGGUCGUACCCCCAGGUCUGAGUAAUUCAAUAGACUUAAGAAGACAGAGCCCAGCAGCAACCGAAACAUAACAGAGUUGCAGGGUCAGCUAACAUCAAUGCCUGGGCAAAGCUGCUGCCCAGAGUGGAAUCUCACUAGUGAAUAAACAAGCCCAAGAAAGAUUAUCAUCUCAUUUGCAAAAAAAAAAAGUACGCUGGUAGAUCCUGCUACCUCAUAGAUAACACCAGUCAAAUUUUUUUUUAAAGUAGCAUUUUCCUACAUUGUCAACUAUCUAGAACAUACCUAAACACUAAGAGUUUACUGCUUAUUAAAUGGAAACUAUGAAGUCUAAGGCCAACUGUGCCCAGAAUCCAAAUUGUAACAUAAUGAUAUUUCAUCCAACCAAAGAAGAGUUUAAUGAUUUUGAUAAAUAUAUUGCUUACAUGGAAUCCCAAGGUGCACACAGAGCUGGCUUGGCUAAGAUAAUUCCACCCAAAGAAUGGAAAGCCAGAGAGACCUAUGAUAAUAUCAGUGAAAUCUUAAUAGCCACUCCCCUCCAGCAGGUGGCCUCUGGGCGGGCAGGGGUGUUUACUCAAUACCAUAAAAAAAAGAAAGCCAUGACUGUGGGGGAGUAUCGCCAUUUGGCAAACAGUAAAAAAUAUCAGACUCCACCACACCAGAAUUUCGAAGAUUUGGAGCGAAAAUACUGGAAGAACCGCAUCUAUAAUUCACCAAUUUAUGGUGCUGACAUCAGUGGCUCCUUGUUUGAUGAAAACACUAAACAAUGGAAUCUUGGGCACCUGGGAACAAUUCAGGACCUGCUGGAAAAGGAAUGUGGGGUUGUCAUAGAAGGCGUCAAUACACCCUACUUGUACUUUGGCAUGUGGAAAACCACGUUUGCUUGGCAUACAGAGGACAUGGACCUUUACAGCAUCAACUACCUGCACCUUGGGGAGCCCAAAACUUGGUAUGUGGUGCCCCCAGAACAUGGCCAGCGCCUGGAACGCCUGGCCAGGGAGCUCUUCCCAGGCAGUUCCCGGGGUUGUGGGGCCUUCCUGCGGCACAAGGUGGCCCUCAUCUCGCCUACAGUUCUCAAGGAAAAUGGGAUUCCCUUCAAUCGCAUAACUCAGGAGGCUGGAGAGUUCAUGGUGACCUUUCCCUAUGGCUACCAUGCUGGCUUCAAUCAUGGCUUCAACUGCGCAGAGGCCAUCAAUUUUGCCACUCCACGAUGGAUUGAUUAUGGCAAAAUGGCCUCCCAGUGUAGCUGUGGGGAGGCAAGGGUGACCUUUUCCAUGGAUGCCUUCGUGCGCAUCCUGCAACCAGAACGCUAUGAGCUGUGGAAACGUGGGCAAGACCAGGCAGUUGUGGACCACAUGGAGCCCAGGGUACCAGCCAGCCAAGAGCUGAGCACCCAGAAGGAAGUCCAGUUACCCAGGAGAGCAGCGCUGGGCCUGAGACAACUCCCUUCCCACUGGGCCCGGCAUUCCCCUUGGCCUAUGGCUGCCCGCAGUGGGACACAGUGCCACACGCUUGUGUGUUCUUCACUCCCACGCCGAUCUGCAGUUAGUGGCACUGCUACGCAGCCCCGGGCUGCUGCUGUCCACAGCUCUAAGAAGCCCAGCUCAACUCCAUCAUCCACCCCUGGUCCAUCUGCACAGAUUAUCCACCCGUCAAAUGGCAGACGUGGUCGUGGUCGCCCCCCUCAGAAACUGAGAGCUCAGGAGCUGACCCUCCAGACUCCAGCCAAGAGGCCCCUCUUGGCGGGCACAACAUGCACAGCUUCGGGCCCAGAACCUGAGCCCCUACCUGAGGAUGGGGCUUUGAUGGACAAGCCUGUACCACUGAGCCCAGGGCUCCAGCAUCCUGUCAAGGCUUCUGGGUGCAGCUGGGCCCCUGUGCCCUAAGUCCACGGGCUGUCUUUAUAUUCCACUGCCCUGCUGUGUGACAGUUUGAUGAAACUGGUUACAUUUACAUCCCAAAACUUUGGUUGAGUUUGCAGGACUCUGGGCAUGCAUGAAAGAGCCCCCCUGGUGAUGCCCUUGGAUGCUGCCAAGUCCAUGGUAGUUUUCAAUUUUGCCAUACUUUUGUUCUUCCUACCAGACCCUGGAAUGUCUUUGGAUAUUGCUAAAAUCUAUUUCUGCAGCUGAGGUUUUAUCCACUGGACACAUUUGUGUGUGAGAACUAGGUCUUGUUGAGGUUAGCGUAACCUGGUAUAUGCAACUACCAUCCUCUGGGCCAACUGUGGAAGCUGCUGCACUUGUGAAGAAUCCUGAGCUUUGAUUCCUCUUCAGUCUACCCAUUUCUCUCUUCCCCUCCCUCACCCCCUUUUUCUUAUAAAACUAGGUUCUUUAUACAGAUAAGGUCAGUAGAGUUCCAGAAUAAAAGAUAUGACUUUUCUGAGUUAUUUAUGUACUUAAAAUAUGUUGUCAAAGUAUUUGUUCCCAAAUAUAUUAAAGGUAACCAAAAUGUUAAAAUCUGA